UGCAACAGUUCGAGGCAGUGGCGAACGAGAGCGACAGCGACCCAGACUACUUCCCCACAAAGACACUGCCUGGUAAUAAUAUGGCAGAUGCAGAGAUCGAUGCAGAGAUACGAAGCGACUGUAACUACAUCGACUGUCAGUCGACCGCACUCUUCAAUACAUUACCAGUAUCGACGGCAACCUAUUGUGGUUCUUGUUCUCCCUGUAUCCCCCCAUCGGACUCGUCCCCUGCAACAACUUCGCCCACCCUCAUAACAUCGCCCUCUUCCUCUCUUUUUCCAUCCUAUCCAUCGUCCCAUCUCACUGGUACUACUACCAGUACUACUAUCAAUACUACUGCCAGUACUACUACCAAUACUACUACCAAUACUACUACCAAUAUUACUGCUGGUAUCAGCAUUGGUAUCGGCAUUGGCGCUGGCACCAGCACUUGCAUUGGUAUUGCCCAACAUCAACAGCAUCACCCCAUCAAUCCUUCCCCUCCCUCUUUCUCCUCUUCCUCGUUUUCGACUUCGUAUCCUUCUACCUCCGACGACCUAGGGUCGCUUAGAUUGUCGGCGAACUCGUCAUCAGACAAGACUAAGUCCGAAACGGCUAGACCCGCGGUCUCUCACACGCUUGCUUCGUCGCUAAAAUCCCCUCUGCCUCCACUACUCGCGCGUUCUUUGAGCCCUCCCCCUGCCACGACAACACCUGUUAUUAAGACCCCCCUCUCGAACCACAACACCUCCACUGCAACCACCUCCACUUGCAACAUCGCAAACAAAAGCAAUAACGACAGCAGCUGGAAUCAUCGGCUGCACAUCCCAUCUCCUCUCUCGCAGUCGUUCCUCACUCCUACUCCUUCUCCUUCUUCAUCUCCAACACUCCAUUCGCCCUCUCUACCUCCCUCCAGACUGGAUCCCCCGUCUUCCUCCACCAUCGCCACCACCACUAUCACUGCUACUGCUACUACUGCUGCUAUUCUUGCUACUUCUCAUUCUUCUCCUGUCGCCACCAUUCCUUCUCACUCUGCAACAUCGCUUGCUCAACUCAGGCACCAACAGCAGCAGCUUCAGCUACAGCUCAAGAAGCAGCUGCAUCUGGCCAUGCAUCAAUCCAACCUGAGGGCCACUGCUUCUGAUCCCACUUCCACUUCUAGUGUCGCUCCCUCUUCUCAUUCAAACUCUCCCUCUACUUCUCAUUCUCACUCUCAUCCCAAAAAGGCUGCAGAUCCACGAGACCAGCUUGACAAUCACGACAACCACAACCAGACUACCUCCGUCCAGCCAACUACCUCAACAAUAGCAUCACAAGAUCCGGCAUCACUACCAUCGCUACGGCAAGACAACAAUGUCUCUCCUAAAUCAGCAAACACUGUAGAUCCAAUGCGUCUCCGUCCUGACUCGACUCUAACGCCAUCGGCCCAUCAAUCCUUCCAAAAAGCAUCCACAUUCCACCCAACAUUCAAGACCUCAGCCUCGCCGAUGGUCUCACAGGCGCCGGAACCCAUCUUUCCGUCAGUUCAGGAACUGUCCCUCACCCUGAGUGCUGAUAUUGAGAUUCAUCGACUGUGGAAGACCAUUACCGAGAUUCUCUCGCAAAAGUUUCACGCCACCAGAAUUACCCUUUGUCUGCCUCAGGACCCAACCGUCGUUGCCUCGUCAAUCGAAAACAACCUGCACCAGAGCCGACCAUGGGGUCUCAAAGCCCAUUGGGAUUACAAGCAUCAUUUUCUAGAUGAGAAUACAGUGACGCCCAAAGAUGAGUUCGCGCAUCACCAUCACCGACUUCAAAAGAAUGCGACGCUAUCGCAGGAAGGUCUUGACCAUCAGAGUCUGCACCUUUCGCUGUCUUCAUUGCCGCCUACUUCGUCGUCAUCACCAUCAUCGUUCUCCUCCAAUUCUUCUUUUUCCUCUUCAUCCUUCUCCAGGAGACGGGCCGGUCAUGCCAAUAAUAGCUUCAGCAUCAAUCUCAGCAGCAAUAACGACAAUCAUAAUCGUCAUGGCCAAAGCAAUAUCAACGGUGUAGCCGGUAACAAUAGUAACAGUAGUAGCAAUAGCAAUGGCGGCAUCAAUGUUGGCAGGGGUAGCGCGAAAUACGUUCCUAUUCCCGACAGUAAUUCGGAAUACCACGAAGACUACUGGAGCACAAACCCACCGCUGGAUGGUGGAUACUCCUCCUCAACCUCAAGUGUGUCCUCCUACUCCUCCACAGGUAGCUCGGCGAUGCAGGCAUCCAGGGCAACGGCACAUCUUCGAGGAUUCGGUGUGCAUUCGAACGGAACGGAAUGCUUUGCACAUCUACAGUCGCUGGAGUAUGACCCCGAACCACUACUGAACGAGCACACAAUCGACAGCAUCUUGAAGGCGGGCAAGACAGUUGUGUUGACGCGCGAGUAUGCGGAGUCAAAGAGCGAGCGGAGAAAGAGCGCGCGGAUGAGGUCAUAUCUGAUCGCAGACGAAGACGACUUUUCGUUCACAGACACGGAGCCUGCGGAGGACAACACCGAUGUGGGAGAGGUUGAAGUUGGUACUGGACUAGGAUCUAGUUUUGAGCAGGAUGCAGGUUCAGACAUGGACUCGUCUUCGUCGCGGUACGAUUCUGAGGGAUCGUAUUUUCCGCCAGUAGAAUCGGCCGUGUCCAAUUCAUGCGAGAGCUCUGCCAAGUAUACGGUAGCGCAUCCAAAGGCAGGAUAUGCUGAUUUUGUGCAGGGACUCAAUCCAACGUGGUCGCAGUCGCCAGCACCGUCACCCAGCAUCAUCAAGGAGGAUCCCACCAUCAACCCAUUCUUCUUCCAGCCACUGACCUCAUAUCCAGCCAUGGACGAUGAUACCUUUGACCCACCCGAUCCAACACCCGAAUCGACCGAAGAUGGCAACAGCAGUGCAUCAGAAAGCCUCAAGGAUCACCAAGGUCCUACAGGAUUACGACCCCAGAGACCUUCGACUACUUCAUCAGUAGCACCACAGCCUCCGUCCAUUCUGGCCAAUACCAGAUCACUUAUUCAUGUUCCUCUGUACCGCUCUACGGACCACAACACCCAACGAUACCUACCAUCAGACAUCCGCAGUCGCCGACCACCGGCCAUGCCCGUCGGCAUUGUCUCGUUCCUCUCAGAUCAGGUCCCUUAUCCGCCUGAGGCACUGGACGUUUUGACGGAGUUGAAUCCGUUCUUGGCCAAUCAAGUGACAAAUGCGUUACGAUUGGAGGACAUGGUGGCGAGAUCGAGCAGAUGGGGCGACGUGAGUACCUCUGGCCUGAGCGAUGGAUCCCGCUCAAAGGAGACGUUCGCAGAGUCGAUCCAGCGCAAAAUGAAGGACGGCUACGACGUAGUUACACCCAAGCCCUCAAAUUUGAAUGCAGAUACGUUGUUUCAAAGAUCGAAGCAACCAGCCAGGGACAGGUCAGCGAACAGGAUGGAUAAUCAAGCGACACUAUCUCAUCCAUCCUCGAACCGACAUGGCGCGCAAAGAGACACAGCUGGUAGCGAUUUUUCAAUUACACGCAAUCGACAGGAACCAAUCUCGCUUCCGAAAGCAACAGCAGAUGCGUUGGUGACCCCUACACUAAAUGCACCCCAGUUCGACCCGUUCACCGCUCAGUCAUCGGAGCUUGAGCAGGCCGAGAGGGAUAAGGGACUGUCGUCUGGUAAACAGCCAGAGACUUGUUUCAAUCUGGAUUCGACCACGGACGAGAUUCAUCGCAGCCUCAACUUGCUCAACUUGGAUGUGACCGGAAGCGCGACCUGUCCACUCGCACCACAGACCAAAAGGACACUCGGAAGGCAUCACUACAGCAUAAAGGCCUCGCAGUCGCAGUCGCAGUCGCAUCAGAUCGAGAAUGCUUUCCUUUCGAGCUGGUCGAGCGACCACCGACAAACGGAGUCCUCUCCAAAUCUGCCUGAUUCUGAUGAACCGGGUGGCUCUGACGGCAUGUGGCAAACAUUGCAGACAGAGGAGGCGGAUCAGACGCUGUACUCGCUUCCAAACUCUCGCGUCGGCAACUGCGAUUUUGAAGUUCCAGCCCACGAAUCGCCCUAUUUUGGCCCUGUCCACUCCGUUUCGCCCUCUAUUGCGCCUAAGCGUCACCUCUUUUCGACUAGCAAGCGGUCAGGUCUCCGCAGGAGGCGCAGGAGCGUCAAGGACCACUCAAAGAGUCAUCACAGUCAGACCCAUAGCUCUGAGAGUCCUGUCGCGACAUCGCCAUACCCGCCAUCAAUACCGGGAUUUUCGUCUCAUCAUUCGGAGGCGUCCUCUGAAAGUGCCAAUUUCAGUGCACCAGCAUUUUCCUCGGAUCCUUCGCCUAUCGCCUCGCCAACUGCGCAGCAGUCCGGCAUGUUUAAUCAUGGGUUCACUGCAAUGUACCCAGGGCUGGGUCUAGAGAAUGGGUCAUAUGCGAAGCGCUUUUCGGACGCUCAUGGUCGAGACGAGGGCGAAAAGGAGAGGGCAUCGCUGAGCAGACAUGGAAGUGGGUGGAGUUUCAACAGUGACGACACCAGCCUUGCAUCCUCAAGUAUUCACCACGAGAAACAUCAUGUUGGUCGCAGGCACAAGAAGAAGCAACAUGCGUUCUCUUCCGAGCGAUCUGGUCUCAACCCGUUCCCCAGGACACGACUGCUACGCUUGAUCGUUGACGCCAUUCCGCAUCAUGUCUUUGCGCUCUCCCCUCAAUCGGGAUGCCUGACUUGGCUCAACCAGCGAUCUUUGCAGUAUGCUGGAUUGCCGCUCUUGCAGCUGAUUCAUACAUCGUGGACUCGACUCCUGCAUGAGGAUGACCGGGAAACAUUCCAACCGCUCUUCAAGGAUUGUUUCGACCGAGGCGAGAUAUUCAAUGCCCAGUACAGAGUGCGUCGUUUCGAUGGACAGUACCGGUGGUUCCUUGGCAGAAUAUUGCCUGUGCGCGACUACGGUGGCAACAUUGUACACUGGUUUGGAACGAGUACCGACAUUCACGAUCAGAAAUUGGCCGAGCUGCAGCUCAACAGACAGGUCGAGCUGGAACUGAAUGAGAAAAAAUACCGCCUGCUAGCCGAGGCGAUCCCGCAAAUUGUCUUUAUCGCAGCCCCCCAAAUUGGUCUGACUUAUGCGAAUGCGAAAUGGUUUACAUAUUCGGGACAAGUCUUUGAGCAGACCUGUGGAUUGGGCUUCAUGGACCAUGUGCAUCCUGAAGACAGAGCAAAAUGCAUUCUGCCGACAAAUAUCUCAGAAGGAAACGGAUCGCCUCCUGCUAAGACACCAUCCGAUGCUGAUGGCGCACGAUAUUCGACCUCCCCUGGAACAGCAUACGGAAAGGGACCAGGAGAUGUCUCGUACCAGACAGAGAUGCGUCUGUUGAGGAAGGACGGCAAGUAUCGUUGGUUUUUGGUCAAAUGCAUCAGUGUCGAGGUUGUAGAGCAGGGGCGAAAGUGGUUCGGGACCUGCACUGACAUCAACGACCAGAAGUUGCUGGAACACAAACUCAAGGAAGCUCAUGAUGCUGCCCAAAAGUCCACUGAGAGCAAGACCCGGUUUUUGUCCAACAUGUCUCAUGAAAUUCGCACGCCCCUGGUGGGAAUUACGGGCAUGAUCAAUUUUUUGAUAACAACAGACUUGACGAGUGAACAACUGGAUUAUGUUCACACGGUCCAGCAGUCCGCAGAUGCGUUGCUUCUGGUCAUCAACGACAUUCUGGAUCUCUCAAAGGUGGAAGCUGGCAUGAUGAAGCUGGAGAUGGAGCCGUUCAGUGUCCACGCCAUGAUCGAGGGUGCUAACGAGCUUCUGAGCACGCUGGCCAUUCAGAAGGGGCUAGAGCUCGGGUUUUUGGUUGAGGAUGAUGUGCCUGAGGUUGUGGUUGGCGACCGCGUGCGUCUGCGACAGGUCUUGAUCAACAUCAUUGGCAAUGCUAUUAAAUUUACCUCGCACGGAGAGGUAUUUUCGCGCUGCUCUCUAGUGCCAGCCAAACCGAAUGCAGACCCAGAGCUAUUGACUAUCAAAUUUGAAAUCUCGGACACUGGCAAAGGAUUUGACGAAACAGAGCGUGCAGUGAUGUUCAAGCCGUUCUCGCAGGUGGACACUUCAUCGACUCGAAAGCAUGGAGGCACGGGUCUGGGUCUUGUGUUGAGCAAGGAGUUUGUGGAGUUGCACGGCGGGAAAAUCCAUUGCGAGAGCGUCAAGGGAGAGGGCAGCCAGUUUUCGUUCACAUUUGUGGCUCGCGUUCCUCAUCCGAAUGCCACUGCCAGGGCAACUACACCUAUUAUUGGUGACACCCAUAUGGACGGAUUGCUGGGCAGUCAGUCAAGACCAUCUUCUGGCGAGGCUAUGGCAGCCGCGGCUGAUUCGCCUUCGACCGGGUCGUCCCUGAGAACCCCAGGUCUCAAGGAUACCAAGGGCUUAUCAGAGCUGAAGCCAUUCAAGCAUAUCACAGGGCUUAAGCUGAUCCCAGGGGAAAUGUGCUAUGCAGAACCGGAUCUAGAGGAUGCAAGGAAGACCGCAACCAAGGCGCUGAAAGUCGCGAGUCAGAAAAUCAGGCGUGGUGAAUUUGCUACUACGGACACAACUCUGGAGUCGGCAAUUACUGAGGAUGAGGAUGAACAGGGGCAGAAGAAGGAGCAGGUGGAUGAGAACCUUGAACAUGGAUCGGCAUCGAAGACGAAUGCGGAUUCACCUCCUGGCGAGCUCUGCACAGCAAUGACGCGUACCGAGUCUAUUCUGGAUGACCGUCGGUAUCUUAAGGUCGGGCAGCUGACCCCUAGCAACCCACCAAUGGGCGAGCCCGCGACUGUCGCCAUCAUUGCCGCCAAUUUACCCAACCCUGCCGCGGAUAUGAAGCUGGCGAUUCCUGCAAAGAUUUUAGAGAACAGGAAGGCGACAGUUGCUGCCACAGCUGCUGCCACAGCCGCAGAGCCAGUGCUAUCGACCCGGCCUAAGCUGCCCUUGUGCAACAACUCUUCAUCGUCUUCGUCGUCCUCGACGACAACCUUUUCGUCAGUCGACUCGAAGCGCUCUACAUCCACGGCCAUGUCUUCCUCCGGAUCUAUCGUGAUAUCGGCUCCGAUGCUCGUCAUCCCGGAACAGCCGCACAUCUUGGUCAUUGCUGACCUGUUGCACGCGCGCGAGACGAUCAUACACCUUAUCAACCAGUUGGUUCCCAAGGAGCUGAAUCCAAUCAUGGACGUGGCAACGGGAUUGAAGGAGGGCAUCGAAUUUUUGGUGGGCAGUGGCAAACAGACUGCAGCUAGGAAGUACAACUAUUUGGUUAUCAACCUGGCGUCGUACAUGUCCGUGAUGGACAUUUUCUCAGUGUUGCGACAGGACGGCGUGUUUGUGGAACCAACUGUCAUGACCUGUGUUAUCACGACCCCGAUCCAGCGUGCGGCGCUGAUGGAGGCUGUCAAAGUUGAGGAGGCCUCGAUGGAGGUUAUGACAUCGUCCAUGAAUUCGUCAGUCAAGGUGAUUCCCGACAAGGUCGAAUGGGUCUUCAAGCCGUUGACGAAGGCAAAAUUGUAUGUGGCCUUUGCAGAUAUUGUGGCACACCACGAUAGUAUUACUGGUUCGAAUGGUUCUGCAACGCCAGGGCAGGAUAGUGACAGCGCCAAGAUCAAUCUGAAGCGCAGAACAGCUCAACAAGUAGUUGUGAGCCAGAAGGAGAUCUUCAGCCAGAUGCAUGACGAUAUGGAGGGCAAGAACAUUCGGAUCCUGCUUGCAGAGGACGACUUGACGAACCAGAAGGUGAUUCGGCGCUAUUUCCAGAAAGUUGGAGCCGACCUCGUGGUUGCAAACGAUGGUAAUGAGUGUCUUGACAAGUUCAGGAGUUAUCCCAAGGGUCAUUUUUCUUUGAUUUUGUGCGAUCUAUUCAUGCCAGGAAGAGACGGAUACGAGGCAACGCGGGCGAUUCGCGACUGGGAGAAUGAGCACCUGAAGGAGGACGAAAAGCGAAUUCCUAUUGUGGCACUCAGCGCAAAUGUGAUGGCGAACGUUGCGGAAAAGUGUCUGAGCAGCGGGUUUACCUCGUAUCUCAGCAAACCCGUCGAUUUCAAGAAGUUGAGCGAGACCCUUCGCAAACUGGUGCUUUAGUAGAUCCCAGGAUCCGGCUCUAGCCUUGCAUCUUUGCAUUAUUGGUUUAUUUUUUUAUUUUUUCAUUUUUUUAUUAUUUUUCUUCUUUCACUGUAUU